CUCAGAAGUUCCUCCAAAAGAUUUUGAGAAGUGAUGUCCUUUCACAACCUUAUUUUCUCACUUUGCACUGCUUGCCUCUUUGGUGUCGGGCAAGCUGCCCAAGAUGGGAUUGUUCGCAGUCCGGAUAUAAUCGCCAGCGAUGUGGUCAUUAUUGGAGGUGGUUCUAGCGGGACCUACUCUGCAAUUCGAUUAAGAGAAUAUGGCAGGACGGUCACGUUGAUAGAAAGAGAAUUGGUUCUCGGCGGACACGUCAACACCUACCACGACCCAGUCACUGGACAGACUUUCGAUUACGGGGUUAUUUCCUUCGCUAAUAUCUCUGUGGUCACGAAUUACUUCAAACAUUUCGAUGUACCUCUUGGGCUGGUUGGUGAUCUGUUUAAAACCAAUAUUACAUACUACGCCGACUUCACGACAGGAAAGCCGCUGCCAAGCUCUCCAUUCCCUUCAAGCAAUGCAACAGGUGCUGCGUUGUUCGCGUACGAGGAUGAGUUGGCAAAGUAUCCGUUUCUUGCCAACGGCUACAACCUGCCUAUGCCGAUUCCUGAAGAUUUGCUCCUCACGUGGGGUAACUUCUUGAAGAAAUAUCAGCUGGAGGCCUUGGCCUAUACAGCCUUUUCAUUUCUCGAGGGUAUUGGGAACAUCCUCGCUCAGCCAACGCUAUACGUUAUGAAGUACUUCGCUCAAAGCACUGUCCAGAACGUGCUGACGAACGGUUUCCUGACAACUGUACACCACAACAACCACGAGCUCUACGACAAAGCACUCCUUGAACUGGGAUCAAGUGCGCUUAUCAGCAGCAAUGUGACUCAAGUUCUUCGCAGCCAUGGUGGUGUCGCCGUCACGGUCUCUACUCCGUUGGGAACAAAACUCAUCAAAGCCUCCAAACUUCUCAUCGCCAUCCAACCGAAACUUGAAAGUCUCGGCUUCUUAGACCUGAAUACUGAAGAGCGAUGUCUUUUCGGGCAGUUCAAUAAUAGCUAUUACUGGGAUGCGCUCAUCCGAAAUCCUGGGGUACCAUCAGGCGUUUGUAUAAACAACGCGAACCCAGCUGCAGCUCUCGCAUUACCAGAAAUGCCAGGCAUGUACUUAAUAUGUGCUUCGCCAAUCCCGGAUGUAUUUACUGUGUACUACACCAGUCCUUACGCACUGUCGGAGCAGUAUGUAAAGCAUGAUAUUCUGGCUACAACUGCCAAGCUCGUCAAGGCAUUUGGAUUCCCUGCUGUGAAUGGGACUCCAGAGUUCGUCGGGUUCAAUGAUCAUCGACCUUUUGAAUUGACAGUGUCGACGGAUGCAAUUGUUGGCGACUUUUAUGGUAGAUUGAAUGGGUUGCAAGGCAAAAGGAACACAUGGUAUACGGGUGCAACUUGGCAGGCGCAUGAUUCGUCGCUGAUUUGGAAUUGGACCGAGUAUAAUAUCUUACCGCAGCUUUUGACAGACUGAAUAUUUAUCAGAGAAAGAGCAAUGUCCUUGAUUUUAAGGCAGGACAACAUUAUGACACAUUUCGUCAGCCUCUUCCUACAGCCUUUCUCUCAGGCCUUUGCUUUUCUUUCUCCGAACACUUCAAUCGCUUCCUAUCCUCCUUUUCUUGGCUCUCCUUCUCAUUUUGUUUCUGCCUCUCUGCCUCAAAUUUGCGGUAUCGG